AAAAGAUUAAAAAUUGCGUGAAUUGUUUUGUUUUUUGCAUUUUGUUUAUUUUAGGAUGUUUGUAUUUACUUUUUUAGUCAAAAAUGUCUGAAAUGACCUUUGUGAUCAUGGUUACGACUUAUGUUUACGAUGAAUAUUCGCAUAUUUCGCUAUAUUUACCUGCACGUCAAGGUCCCAAACAUUGAUCAAUGGUCCCAAACUAGUAUUUAGUAAAAAGUUAGACGUUUAAAAUGAAGAAAUUUAAGGACAAACUUGGGAAAGGAUCAUCUUCUCAUGUAGCUUUGAUGGAGUGGACGAAGUAUGAUGAUAAAAUAUUGGAUUAUAUUGUUCAUAGUGAAGAAAAUAAGUUGAGGUUGGCUUUAUUGAGGAAAGGUGUCACACCUUUAAAGAAGAAAUCUGAUGGAAAAACAAUGUUGGAUGUUGCUUGUGAACAUGGUCACGUUGAAUGCCUUGAAGCAUUACUAGAAAGGUGUACUGAUGUUGUACCAGUCAGUAAAGCAGGUGGCUCAGCACUGCAUACUGCCGCAAAAUCUGGGAGUGCAGAUUCCAUUGUUAAAUUAUUGCAAUAUAAAGUUCGAGUUGGAAGUAUAGAUGCGGACAAGAUGACAGCCUUGCAUCAUUCAGCAAGCAAAGGCCAUGUUGAUUGUGUAAGAAUUCUUAUUCAAAAUGGAGCAAAGUUAAAUUCAAGAGAUAAGGAUGGUAGAACACCAUUGUUGAUUGCUAUUCAGGCUGCUCGGGAAAGUAUUGUACAAAUACUUGUGGAAAAUGGAGCAAGAGUCAAUGUCACUGAUAGUGCACAUAAAACACCAUUAAUGUAUGCGUCUUUGAUUGGUCUGAAAGAUGCUGUUUGUACAUUGUUACAACACGGGGCUAAUCCAUUAUUGAGGGAUAGUAAUGGUCACCAAGCUGAAGAUUUUGCUCGGAUCAGUGGCUAUGGUGAAAUUGUGAGGAUAAUUUCUGACACUCCAGUUUUACCCCAAUGGGAUUAUGCUGAGGAAUAUAUUGAUGAUGAGGACUCUCAAGAUGGAUCUGUGAUUGGUAGUAAUGACGGCUCCGAUGUUGCUUCAAUGUUGUCUCAUCCUGAUUCAGAACACAGAUUCGGUAGUGUCUACAGCAGUGACAGACGAUCAUCUUCGCAUUCUGUUUCAACAUUCAUUUCCUCAUCAUCGCAUCCUGGCAGGCUUGAAGCAAAUGUUUGUAAAUUGGAUCAGGAGUUAGAAAGAGAAAAUAACCGAUUAAACACUCAACUGCCCACAAUGGAAAUGUCACACUCAAACAAGAACAAAGUAAACAGAUUGAAGGAGGACAUUAAUUAUAACAAAAUAACUGUUGGACAAUCUGAUGAUGUGGAAAAAGUACAACAGGAGAAUUUUCAGAGGGAAAUAAAUGCAUUAAAAGCAGAAAAUGAGCAAUUGAAAAAUGAGCUGAUUGAUAUUAAUGUUGAUGACAGUAUACCAACUAUUCCUAUAACAGUUUAUCAGGAAUUAAAGGAAUCGACUGAAGAAGAACUGUCAACUUUGAAUGCUAGUUUUUCAAAUUUAAAGAAGGAAAAUGAUAAUUUAAAACGUCAGAUUUUGGAAUUGAAACAUCAAACACGGGAUGAGGCACAAAUGAAAUCUGAGCAGAAAAUUUGUGCUUUGGAGGAACAAGUUUUAAGGCUUCAAAACCAGUUGAUGGAGGCAGAUACUGAGCAUUCCAAGACAAUUAAUGUGUAUAGAUUACAUCUACUCAAUGCACUACAGGGAGUUAUAAGCAAGGAUGUUAAAAAAGCAUUGGAACUUAUUUUGAAAAUACGAAAUGAUGAGCAAUUUUGUUGAUGAUCUGGAUCAUCGAAGGAAAAGGAAUAGAAAAGAUGAAUAGGUAUUCUUUGAAUCCCACUUUAAUGCCUUUUGUAUUUACUGCAGCACACAAACAAUUAUUUUAGCUUAGAGCAAAUCAAAAAAUACAUAAACAACUUACUUCCAUAUACAUUUGAGCAGCCUACAUUGUAGAUGGUCUGUCAACCUGGGGCCGGUUGUAUCAAGCCCGUUUAGCUUAAACGGUGGUUAAGUUCAAAAUAGAAAGCAAGUCUAUCGUUUUA